GGUUUUGUCUGUUAAUUUUCUUUUAUAAUUCUGGUACUCUUUUUGGUUAUUUUCAUUUGUUGCAUCAUUCCUACUUUAUGCUGAUUCAUUAUUGUUAUUAUGCUGAAAAUGAUGAACUUUUGUUUUUUAGAGAUUUCACGAAUCCAUCACUGCCUUUUGAACAACGAGGUGGAUCAGCACAGUAACUUAACUUCACUUUAAUAGUUUGUCUGGAUAUGGUGAAGCUAUUGGCAUAUAUGCACUUCAUCCAGCUGCAUCCAGAGCAGGAUCAAAUUUCUUCCCAAUAAACUUGAUCAUGCUCUCAUUGAGAUGGAAGAUGGGUUUCAAGCUGAAUUAGCUCUGCACUUUCUGAAGCGAAAAAUUACGUCAGACUAGCAAUGAUGCUUUAUCAGCACUCGUGGACUCCCACCACUCCACUCCUCUGCACCCGAAACAUAACCAACUGGCCGGCGAUUGCCUCCGCCGGCGGCGGUACUCCUCUAAAAUUUGCCCUCCUCUCCGCUCCUAUCCGACGCUUUCCCUUUGCUUCAGCAUCUUUCAAUCCCAACGAAUCUGGGACAGUAGAGAGCUCUACCUUCGACCGCGUAGCGUACGAAGCCGAGCGGCUACGGUUAGACGCAGCUGCUCGUGACUCAAUGGCGGCGAUGGCGUCGGCUUCAGAGGGAAGUGAAGACGCUGGAUUGUGGAAAUGGAGGAUUCGUAAGAGGAUAUGGGAUCUAAUGGAGGCGGAGGACAUAGCGCGGAACCCUCGUCCUGUGCAUCAUCGCAUCCCGAACUUCGUUGGCGCGCCUAAAGCCGCAGAAUCGUUAGGGCGUCUUGAAGUAUUUCAGAAGGCAGAAUGUGUGAAAGUCAAUCCAGAUUCGCCUCAAAAGCAGGUCCGAUUCUUAACUCUCAUAGAUGGAAAGAAGUUGCUGACCCCUCAACCACGUCUAAGAACCGGAUUCUUUUCGGUGUUAGAAUCUCAGAUGAUUCCGAUCGGAUCCAUAAUGGAGGCAUGCUCUUCAUUUGGCUUUGCAAAAUAUGGGAAACCUAUUGGUUUGGAUGAGAAAAUUAAAGUAGAUCUGUUGGUUAUUGGAUCCGUCGCUGUUGAUCCGCGCACUGGAGCUCGACUUGGGAAGGGCGAG